UGAGCCGUAGGUCUUGGGUCUGUCCAGAGACUGGACUGGAGGGACAGGAGCCAGGCCUGGGUUCAAGCUGUCUUGCGUUCCUCGGGGCUGAGGCCAGGGUGGGGAGGCAGAUCAGGCGGGGGACCAGGCAGGAGGAGGAUGCUACACGUGGCACCGGGGUGGGGCCCUGAGAGGGGCCUUCAGGAGGAGGACCACGUUGACAGGACCAUGCGGGUGGGCCUGGCUCUGACAGGUUUCUGGGAGUGGGAGCCCAGGCAGCCAGCGCCAGGGCCUGCCCAUCCAUGAGUCAGGGCCCUACCUUAGCCCAGGGGUUUUCUGGUUCCUCACGAAACGGCCAGUCCGUAAACACGUGCCAUGUGUCCCCCAAGCCGGCGGCCCACCCGCUGACCUGCCUCCAGGCCUGCACCUCUGGAGCCAGGGGAGCAGGAAAGGAGCUGCCGGGGGAGGCCCCUCAGGGGACUGAUCUCCCAUUUGUCUGAGAAGCGCGACAUGCCGGCCUGGGGGGACACGGGGGAGACAUGCUGCUUGGCGCGGGGUCAUCUCACUGCUGAGGUGAGGCUGUGAUGCCAGGGCAAGGACUGAGCGGGAAGGCCUGUGCUGGGCACACUGACAUGUCCAGGGCCAGGCAGAGACAGCAGAGGAGGAAGCCGAGCUGGCCUUGCAGGAUGGACAGGUCCCGGUGCCAGCCCUCCCCUGACCCAGGGUGACUGUCCACAGGGCAAGACCUGCCUCUGGGUGUGGGUGGCCAUGUCAUUGGUCUGCCUGUGCAGGCUCUCAGGUGGGCCAGGUUUCCGGCCCCUGCCCCGUGGCCGGCCUCCACCAGAGAAUGGCCCCACCCAGGCCAGCCGCAGCAACCUGCUGAACCGGUCAGGUCGGCUGCGGACUGCCAGGGCAGGAGGACUGAGGCGCCGCGGAUUCUUGGCUUCCUUACAGCUGAGCAGUGAGGGUCCCGGACCCGUCCUGCCCAAUCUUGACACACCCCUUUCUGCUAUGCCCGCCGUCAAGGGGACUGUGCUGGCCCAGGAGCCAUAGCCGGGCAGAUGCCGGCGGCGCGGGGAGGUGGCCUCUAACGGGAGUGAUCAGGGCUAGCCACAGUGUGUGAGUGGGGCUCUCCAUACCCCUGCCUCAGCACCUCCGUGGACCUCAUGGGGCUGACCGUGGCCCUGUAAUGGGGGCGCGACAGACCCAGACCCGGCAGGAGAAAGGUGCUGGGACAGAUCGGCGUGGACACACACACUGUGAUUGUGCUUGGGGAGAACGGGACCCCCCAGGGCUCUGAGCUGCUGAGGGUCCCAGCAGGUUACCUGGAAGGGGUGAUGCUUGAUCAGGGAGUUAAAGCAGCAUCCCCUAGGGCAAGGCCAGCAGGCUUGGGGACCAUGAGCAUCGGGGUGGCGUGGAGGCGGGACAGGCUGGCCAAGGUGGGGAGAGGGACCAGGGUGAGCUGGGAAGCCGGGCGUGGGGGGGUACCCACGGAGCCACAUCCGGGCACCGGGGGGCGCUUAUCUCCCCCGGGCUGGUGGUGCUGCUGGAUCCAGUUGCGUUGUGGCUGAAAGGGGAGCCCACACCGCCUUCAGCCGCCGCCCGCCUCCCUGCUGACUCGUCUGUGCUCUGCCAGUAAUGCGAGCCCCAGGGCGGGAGCUGCAGGGUGCUCUGGGGCCCCUCCCAGUUCCCCGGACGUCCUCCUGCUGGGCAGAGCUGGCCACAGAGCGGAUGCAGGUAAGAGAGGCCCGGGGCUUAGGCAGGCUGGGGAGAGGGGCUGCCUGGAGCCCCGGGCUCCUAUCCUCCGGAGCCAAGUCCUGGUGUCAGGCGAGCAAGACGGCCUCUGGAGCAGGCCGGGUAGGCUGCAGCUCCCUGACCUCCCCCAGGAUGCUGCAGCCAGACAGGCCCCGGGCCUCUGAGGAGGGGACGGCCGCGGGGUCCCGGCGGGGUGACUGCGUCAUCUGCUGCUCUGCCUACGACCUCGCGGGCCACCUGCCGCACCGUCUCUACUGCGGCCACACCUUCUGCCAGGCGUGCGUGCGGCGGCUGGACACGCCAGCGGGCGAGCAGCGCUGGAUCCCCUGCCCACAGUGCCGCCAGAGCACACCCACACCCCGGGGAGGAGUGGCCCUGCUGGACCUCGACCUGGCCGCCUUCCUGGCCGUGAGGGCUGAGCGGGAGCCAUCUCGCAGGGAGCCCCCUGCAGCCCCCAAGGGCAGUGCCGCCAUCACUCAGCAGCCGGCCAGGCUCUGUCCCACCCUAGGCCCCCAGCCCCACUUCCCCCAGGCCCGGGGCUGCUGCGGUCUCUGCUGGGACGCCCCUGGCGGUCCCGAGGUCUGAGCGCUGGUGGCUGCCCCUCCU